UUCCUUGUUCGCGGGAAUAACUACGUAUAAAAGCCGUUCGAGUGUUUUCCUUCAAUUGUCGGCGUCAUUAAUUCACUUGCUGAAAAGAGGCGAUUACGGAAGGGCAGUAGCAGACGAAGUGCCAACAAUACCUCGGAGGCUCGUAGAGUUGAAAAUAAAAAUGGAAGCACAAAACACACACCACGAAGGCAAACGAAAUUUCGACAAAAAAAAAUGGCGAGAAACGCAAUACAGCCACAAACAAAGAGUAUCGGAAUGGGAAAGCAAAAGAAAAGAAGCUAUAAAAAGGAAAUACAGGAAGAUGCUAAAGAAGGAUGAAUUGACUUCAUCUGUUCACAUUACAAAGCGUUUGUAUGACAUUGCAGAUGGAAAUUAUAAUAGUGGAUAUUCACAACCACCACCGCCCCAAAGGUUGUCAGAAUUUCAGCGAGCCAAGCUAGAAUAUGAACGUAUACAAGGUUUAAAAGAAGAAGCUCGAUUGGAAAGGGAACAGAAAACAAAAGAAAGAGACAUGGCCAUCAUGAAGAGCAAACAGUUAAGGCUAGAACGAAUCAAAAAGCUUACACAGAAAACUAAAAAAGGACAGCCAGUCAUGAAAGGAAGGAUAGAGAUCCUCCUCGAAAAGAUUCAAAAGCAAGUUGCUAAUGACAGUUAAUACCUAGGCACUACCAUUCAUCUACAUUGUUUCCAGAAUUAUUACACGGUUUUUUUCCAAGCCA